CCCCGCCCUAGCGACGAGUCGAGGCCAAAGCUGGGAUCGGCGCGCGCAGCACCUAUGGACCCGCUUGACCCUCCGCUUCUGUUUCCGUUUCCGGUUCGCCGCUUCAGCCUGGCUACACUCGUGAAGGUGGCUGCAAGAGCUGACUAGGGCGUGUCUCUUAGGGGGUCGUCAUGGCGGGAAGCCGGCUGGAGACUAUCGGCACUAUCUUCACCCGGACUCGGGACCUGAUGCGGGCUGGGGUGAUGAAGGAGAAGCCCCUGUGGUAUGAUGUGUACGAGGCCUUUCCACCGUUGAAGGAACCUGUGUUCCGGAGGACCCGUCAGCGCUACGGCAAAGCCAAGGCUCUGGUACCUGAGGUCCUGUACCAGGAAGAUCGGAUCAGAGCGAAAUACUAUUCAGUUUAUGGAUCUGGUCCCAGAAUUUUUGAUCUUUCCAACCCAAAUUUUAAAUCUUCCUGCCAAAGAUUUGUGGAGAAAUAUAUUGAGCUACAGAAAAAGGGAGAAACAGAUGAAGAUAAGCUCUUUGUGGAGACAGGAAAGGCUUUAUUGGCAGAAGGUGUUAUUUUACGACAAAAAGGAGAAGGAACAACUCAUUUAGGGAAGUCAGAAACCUGAAACAAGAACUUCAGAUCUAAACUAUAUUGGAGGAAAAGCGGCAUAGCCCCAUAUGACCAGCCUUUGGAGUUCACUGAAGAGAAGCUGAAAAACCUGUUUCUUCACCAUCGAAUUAUACUUUUGUAUGCCAUCAAUGCCUGAUAUCUUUACAACCAUAUACAGUAGAUCAGUGUUGAAUUUUUUUCAUGGUUGAACUGGGGAAAGAUUUGUUAACUUAUGACUAUUUACACUUGAAUUUUGUAUAUUCACCCCUCUUUUGGGGUUUUCAUUAAAGCCCAUAACCCAGCAA